AGUCUGUGGAAAGUUCGCCGUCGGAUCUUGUCUCGGACUACCAAAACAAUCAUAAUUAGUCAACAAAACAAGCGUUAAAAUAAUAAAAAAAAGUGAUUGUUCUCGUAAUUAAUUACAAAAUACUUUCAAAAUGACUGCCAAAUCAUCCAGCAGUUUAGACACACGGGCAGAGCUAGCAGAAUUGGUAAAGAGAAAAGCAGAAAUUUCGGAAACCCUCGCCAAUCUUGAGCGACAAAUAUACGCUUUCGAAGGAUCCUAUCUGGAGGACACGCAGCUCUACGGCAACAUUAUUCGAGGAUGGGAUCGUUACCUUACCACCAACAAGACGACCAACUCCAAGGCGGACAAACGGAAUCGAAAGUUCAAGGAAGCGGAGCGACUGUUCUCCAAGUCAUCCAUCACAUCGAUGGCUGCUGUGAGUGGAUUGGUUGACCCGAACGAUGCCAAGCAUGACCGCAACAGCGAAUCGGACUCGAUGACCAACGACGAUUCGAGCGACAAUCAAAUCGGCGCCAUCAAUUCGAACACGUCACUCUCGACAGGUCACGGCGAUCAGGCCGCGACACUGAAGACCCCCGUCAGCAAGAGUUUAAAUUCUUCCAAAAGUAGCACCAUUGAGAAAUCGUCGUCCUUCCUGAACCGUCCAGUGACUCCUACCAAAGAGGCAACCACGCCGAACAGCAGCUCGGCCAAAGAAUCGAGCACUCCGAGCAGCACCGCCAAGCACAAGGCGGCGAACGUUAGCUCGGUGAAGAAAAACAGCUCCAACAAAAAGGUUCGGCACCGUUAGGGAGUAUUGCCAUGGGUGAAACCUUAGUUCGAUGAGAAUGUUUCGUAAGUAUACAUAAUCUAAUUCACCGUUCUCUAAAUCUUGAAUGUUUGUAAUUUUAUGUUUAAUUGAAAUAAUAGAAUCUUAGUGGAAAAUAUGAA